UAAAAUUAAAAAAUGAGAUUUUGAUUCCGUUUUAUGACGAAAACAUUAUAUUUGAAAAAAAUAUUUUCAGUAAUAAUAAUAGAAGAUUCCAAAAAUAUACUUACUAAGGCUGAAUAAUAACUACGCUAUAUGGAAAUAAACACAUUUUAUAAAUAAAUACAAUUUUAUUACUUAUAUUUAAAAAAGACUAACUAUUUAGGUAAUAAAAAAAUUCAAUAAAACUAAAACAUUAAUAAACAUCGGACAUAUAAUUUGAAUAGCAGUUAUCAAAAUGCACGGCAGAGUUAAAGUCCGAACAUCUGAAGAAGAAAAGGCAAGAAAAGAAAAGGAGAGGCAAGAAAAGUUAAAACAUUUUAAACAUGCUAUGUUGAAGAUAAUUACUAAAAGAAAAAAUGCUGAGCAAGAUGAAGAACAAUUAGACCUUACAGCAAAAGUUUUGUCAUCUAAUCCUGAUAUUUAUACUCUAUGGAAUAUAAGAAGAGAAGUUUUAAUUGUUUUAAGUAAAAACAAAGAUAGUGAGGAAAAUGUUUCUAAGUUAUAUGAUUCUGAGCUAAGCUUAACUGAAUAUUGUUUAAAAAUUAAUCCCAAAUCAUACUGUUCGUGGCAUCAACGCGAAUGGGUGCUUACUACGAGGCUAGAUCCUGACUGGAAGAAGGAACUUGUAUUGUGCAAUACAUACCUAAAGUUAGAUGAAAGAAACUUUCAUACGUGGGAUUAUCGUCGUUUUGUGGUUAGUCAAUGCAAACCUCCAUUGCAAGAAGAAUUUGAUUUUACAACUGAGAAAUUAUAUGACAACUUUUCAAAUUAUUCAGCUUGGCAUUACAGAAGCAAAAUGUUGUUAGAAUUAUAUCCUGAUUUGAAGGGAGGAAGACCUAUUCAAGAUAAUCAUCAUAAGCAUGAACUAAAAAUGGUUCAAAGUGCAGCUUUUACUGACCCAGACGAUACAAGUGCCUGGUUUUAUCAGAGAUGGUUGUUGGGUGCAGUCAAAGCCACAGUUCAAGUUGUUGCAUUUAUUGUUACACCAAGAAAAACAUCCAUUUCUUGGAACAAAUGUAUUUCAAUUGAUUAUAUAAAUACAAACAUAAAAGUAUAUUUUAAUAAUAAGAUAAUUAAUGGUAAAUGGAUCUCCUGCAAUGGGCAUGAAUAUGACGAUUUAUGGAUUUUGUUACAUAAUGAAGAAAUCAACAAAAAUUUAGAUAUAAAGAUGGAGCAUUCACAAUUGGAUGAUGAAAAAGAAAUCAUUAAUUGCAAACAACAUGAACCUUGUGUUUUUAUUGGAAAAAGUAAAAUUAAUUUCCAAAACCAAUAUUCAGAGCCUGUAGUACAGGAACUGACCGAGCAACUGGAUGCAUGUCGUCAAUUGUUAGUUUUGGAACCUGAUAACAAGUGGACACUACUAACAACAACUGUAUUCUUGCAUUGUAUAAAUGCGAAAUUAUAUCAUAAAGAAGUAGUAGAAAAUCUGCAAACUUUGAAAGAUUUAGAUUCUUUGAGAGCUGGGUACUACAGUGAUUUAAUAUCUAAAUGGAAUAUUGAGCAACAAUUACCAACUGAUUACCAGGGUGAUAGUCUCCACUACAAAAGUGGAUUUAAGGAAAAGUUAACCAGUUUACCUCAUUUGCAAUAUUAUAGUUAUUGCAAAACUGUUGACUUGUCCAAUCAAGAUCUUACUUCUAUUAUAUUGCCAUCUUUAGUAAAGUUACAACAUUGUAAGGACUUGGAUUUGUCUGGCAACAAAUUAACGACAUUGAAAGAAUUUCCUAAUUUAGAACUAGAAGUAUUAAAUCUACAAGACAAUCCCAAUUUGAGUUCAGAAGAUAUUGAAUUGUUUAAAGAAAAACAUAAAACCAUAAAAGUUAUAUUUUAGUUACAACAACCACAACAAUAAACAUUAUUUAUGUUGCUAGUAUUAAAUAAAAUUGUUUAUGGGGCUUUAGUUAGUAAAAUUAAAAAAUAUAUAAUUUAAUAUUUGCACAAUAUGUUCAUAAUCUUAAAUUUAGAUAAUUAUAUGUGGUAAAUAUUUUUCUAUGUAUUUUGUACACAUAUUUAUAUAAAUAAAAAUAGGACCUAAGAUUACUCUUGGAUUGAUUAGCCGUAAGCAUAUACAGUUGAGUUAUUCAAGUUGACGACUGACGUUUUAGGCCAAAUCUUAAAUUUCAAGGAAUAGCGAAAAAUAUUUACAUAAGUUACAAAAAAAAAGUCGAAACAAAAUUGCUCCGUUACAUUUAUUUAGAUCAGCCCAGAGACUCGUUUUACGCUAUUCGUUGUAGUUUCUGAUUAUGCCUGACGCGUGAUAGUUGAAAAUAAUGUAUAGCUACAAAAGGAUAAGCCGUUAUCUCAUCAUUAUAUUUUUACCUUGCUUUUUCUGUUACAUGAUAAUAACAAAAUUACACCAAAGAAUUACCACCAUUAUCUUGGUUUAAUAUCAAUCUUUUUAGAACUGUUAAUAAAUUAUGUUUAGCUGAACAUCAAGCCAUGUGUUUGGCAGUAGGUAUUCACAGAUUUUACAUUACAAGAAAUUAUUACUGUUUAAGCGAAAUUAAAUGCUAAUGGCAAAUGAUAGGUACAUACAAAAAUUAAAACGAAUUAUUAAAAUAUUGCUUUUAUUAAUAGUUUUCUUAUUAUAUAAAAGUUGACAUAUUUAAAUUAGGCGGAAAAAAAAACUUUCCGUUUUGCUUAAAAUAGUUCUAUACUUGUUGUCUUAUAGUAUUCAU